AUGGUAUUGGGAAAGAAAUGUGAAAGUUAUGGGUCGGGGCUAGUGAGGAGUACCUCAUUUGGGAGGAAAAGAAUUACAGUGGAUGUUGAUUUCAGUCCCACAACAACACCUAUGAAGAAAGUGUGCAGUCACAAUUCAUUUUUCUUUUGUGAUGACAAGUCUCCUAUUGAAGCCUUGCCUCAAGAUAUUCUGAUAAGGAUAGUGUGUGGAGUUGAUCAUGAUGAUUUAAAGAGGCUUUUUCACGUAUCAAGGGUAAUUAGAGAAGCUACUGUGAUAGCAAAAAGGUGGCAUUUUGAGUAUGCAACACCAAGAAAGACGCUUGGUUUCAAGAAUGCAAUUGAGGAUUUGGGUGAAUUCAAUGAUGUUGAUGCGCCAAAUGCUCCAAGGCAAUUGAAAAUUCGGAAGUUAAAGUUGAGCAGAAAGAAACUGGCUGACAUUUCAGUUACAUUGUUCGCAUCAGAAGAUGAUAAUUGGUUGCAGAGGAAGUUAUUUAUGCAGAUGGAUGCUGAGUCAUAGACAUUUGUCACUAAAAGAGGUUUUCUGUAUACUAUUGUUCUUGUAGGAACCAUAGG